AUGGUAUAUGUCAACUCAUCUGUUUCAAAUCAUAGACAGCUUUACGUGGAAAUCAAGAAAACAAAACCAAGAAAAUAUUAUCAAUACGAAGCAAUAAAUUAUAAGGAACUUCAUAAAUCAAUGGAGAAAGCAGGAAUACAAGAAUCCAACGAUGACUUCACAAGACUGGAAAAACUAAUACAAAAAUGUAUGGAAGAAAGCAAAGUAAUAAAGACCAAAAUUAUGAAUGAACCACAAAAAUAA